GCUGGGCCAUGGGGGCCGCCCGGCGCCCCGGGCCGGGCCUGGAGAGGUGGUCUCUCCGCCGCUGAGGCGGGCCCCGUGCGCAGCCGGGCGGCGCAGGUGAAGACAGCCGCGCCAUGGUGGACCCGGUGGGCUUCGCCGAGGCGUGGAAGGCGCAGUUCCCGGACUCCGAGCCGCCGCGCAUGGAGCUGCGCUCGGUGGGCGACAUCGAGCAGGAGCUGGAGCGCUGCAAGGCCUCCAUUCGGCGCCUGGAGCAGGAGGUGAACCAGGAGCGCUUCCGCAUGAUCUACCUGCAGACGCUGCUGGCCAAGGAGAAGAAGAGCUACGACCGCCAACGCUGGGGCUUCCGACGCGCCGCGCAGCCCCCCGACGGCGCCGCCGAGCCCCGCGCGUCCGCGCAGCGCCCGCUGCCCGCGCCCGCCGACGGCGCCGACCCGCCGCCCGCAGAGGAGCCCGAGGCCCGGCCGGACGGAGAGGGCUCACCGAGCAAGGCCAGGCCCGCGGCCGCCCGCAGGCUAGGGGCCACCGUGGUCGCAGACCGGGAAGACCGGGGCCCCCCCACCAGCGUGGCGGCGCUCAGGUCCAACUUUGAGAGAAUCCGCAAGGGCCACGGCCAGCCCGGGGCGGCGGACGCCGAGAAGCCCUUCUACGUGAACGUCGAGUUUCACCACGAGCGCGGCCUGGUGAAGGUCAACGACAAAGAGGUGUCGGACCGGAUCAGCUCCCUAGGCAGCCAGGCGAUGCAGAUGGAACGUAAGAAGUCCCAGCACGGCCCCGGGCCGGGCCUGGGGGACGCACCCAGGCCCUCUUACCGGGGCCGAUCCUCAGAGAGCAACUGCGGCUUCGACGGCGACUACGAGGACGCGGAGCUGAACCCCCACUUCCUGAAGGACAACCUGAUCAACGCCAAUGGCGGCAGCAGGCCCCCUUGGCCGCCCCUGGAGUACCAGCCCUACCAGAGUAUCUACGUCGGGGGCAUGAUGAUGGAAGGGGAGGGCAAGGGCCCCCUCCUGCGCAGCCAGAGCACUUCGGAGCAGGAGAAACGCCUUACCUGGCCCCGCAGGUCCUACUCCCCUCGGAGCUUUGAGGACAGUGGAGGUGGCUACACCCCGGACUGCAGCUCCAAUGAGAACCUCACCUCCAGUGAGGAGGACUUCUCCUCCGGCCAGUCCAGCCGCGUGUCCCCCAGCCCCACCACCUACCGGAUGUUUCGAGACAAGAGCCGUUCACCCUCGCAGAACUCGCAGCAGUCCUUUGACAGCAGCAGUCCCCCGACCCCGCAGUGCCAGAAACGGCACCGGCAGGGCCAGGUCAUCGUGUCGGAGGCCACCAUUGUGGGUGUUCGCAAGACGGGGCAGAUCUGGCCCAGUGAUGGGGACAGCUUGUCCGGCAGGCUGCCUCAGGAUGGCACCUUCCAUGGAGACGCAGAUGCAUCGUUUGGAACACCUCCUGGGUAUGGCUGUGCUGCAGACCGGGCUGAGGAACAGCGCCGGCACCAGGAUGGGCUGCCCUACAUCGAUGACUCACCCUCCUCCUCACCCCACCUUGGCAGCAAGGGCAGGGGCAGCCGGGACGCACUGGCCUCGGGAACCUUAGAGUCCACCAAAGCGAGCGAGCUGGACUUGGAAAAGGGCAUGGAAAUGAGGAAAUGGGUCCUGUCUGGAAUCCUGGCUAGCGAGGAGACCUACCUGAGCCACCUGGAGGCCCUGCUGCUGCCCAUGAAGCCUCUGAAGGCUGCAGCCACCACCUCUCAGCCUGUGCUGACGAGCCAGCAGAUCGAGACCAUCUUCUUCAAAGUGCCUGAGCUCUACGAGAUCCACAAGGAGUUCUAUGAUGGGCUCUCCCCCCGCGUGCAGCAGUGGAGCCACCAGCAGCGAGUGGGUGAUCUCUUCCAGAAGCUGGCCAGCCAGCUGGGUGUGUACCGAGCCUUCGUAGACAACUACGGAGUUGCCAUGGAAACGGCUGAGAAGUGCUGUCAGGCCAACGCUCAGUUUGCAGAAAUCUCUGAGAACCUGAGAGCCAGAAGCAACAAGGAUGCCAAGGACCAGACGACCAAGAACUCUUUGGAAACCCUGCUCUACAAGCCUGUGGACCGGGUCACCCGCAGCACGCUGGUCCUGCAUGACUUGCUGAAGCACACGCCCUCCAGCCACCCCGACCACCCUCUGCUGCAGGAUGCCCUCCGUAUCUCACAGAACUUCCUGUCCAGCAUCAACGAGGAGAUCACGCCCCGCCGGCAGUCCAUGACCGUGAAGAAGGGAGAGCACCGGCAGCUGCUGAAGGACAGCUUCAUGGUGGAGCUGGUGGAGGGGGCCCGUAAGCUGCGUCACGUGUUCCUGUUCACGGACCUGCUCCUCUGUACCAAGCUCAAGAAGCAGAGCGGGGGCAAAACCCAGCAGUACGACUGCAAAUGGUACAUCCCACUCACGGAUCUCAGCUUCCAGACGGUGGACGAGUCAGAGGCGGCUCCCAGCAUCCCGCUGGUGCUGGACGAGGAGCUGGAUGCCAUGAAGAUCAAGAUAUCCCAGAUCAAGAACGAUAUUCAGAGAGAGAAGAGGGCAAACAAGGGCAGCAAGGCCAUCGAGAGGCUGAAGAAGAAGCUGUCAGAGCAGGAGUCGCUGCUCCUGCUCAUGUCCCCCAGCAUGGCCUUCAGGGUACACAACCGCAACGGCAAGAGUUACACGUUCCUGAUCUCUUCUGACUAUGAGCGUGCUGAGUGGAGGGAGAACAUCCGAGAGCAGCAGAAAAAGUGUUUCAAAAGCUUCUCGCUGACGUCCGUGGAGCUGCAGAUGCUGACCAAUUCGUGUGUCAAACUGCAGACCGUCCACAGCAUUCCACUGACCAUCAACAAAGAAGAUGAUGAAUCUCCCGGGCUGUACGGGUUCCUGAAUGUCAUCGUCCACUCCGCAAUUGGCUUUAAGCAGAGUUCAAAUCUGUACUGCACCCUGGAGGUGGACUCCUUUGGUUAUUUUGUGAAUAAAGCCAAGACACGCGUUUACAGAGAUACAACGGAGCCCAACUGGAAUGAGGAAUUUGAGAUUGAGCUGGAAGGCUCCCAGACCUUGAGGAUACUGUGCUAUGAAAAGUGUUACAACAAAACGAAGAUCACCAAGGAGGACGGCGAGAGCACAGACAGGAUCAUGGGCAAGGGCCAGGUCCAGCUGGACCCGCAGGCCCUGCAGGACAGAGACUGGCAGCGGACUGUCAUCGCCAUGAAUGGGAUUGAAGUGAAACUCUCUGUCAAGUUCACCAGUAGGGAGUUCAGCUUGAAGAGAAUGCCUUCCCGAAAACAGACGGGCGUCUUCGGAGUCAAGAUUGCCGUGGUCACCAAGAGGGAGAGAUCCAAGGUGCCCUACAUUGUGCGCCAGUGUGUGGAGGAGAUCGAGCGCCGGGGCAUGGAGGAAGUGGGCAUCUACCGCGUGUCUGGAGUGGCCACGGACAUCCAGGCGCUGAAGGCAGCCUUUGAUGUCAAUAACAAGGACGUGUCGGUGAUGAUGAGCGAGAUGGACGUAAACGCCAUUGCCGGAACGCUGAAGCUGUACUUCCGUGAGCUGCCGGAGCCCCUCUUCACUGAUGAAUUCUACCCCAACUUUGCCGAGGGCAUCGCUCUUUCAGACCCUGUUGCAAAGGAGAGCUGCAUGCUUAACUUGCUGCUGUCACUCCCAGAGGCCAACCUGCUGACCUUCCUCUUCCUUCUGGACCACCUGAAAAGGGUGGCAGAAAAGGAAACAGUGAACAAGAUGUCCCUGCACAACCUUGCCACAGUCUUCGGCCCCACACUGCUCCGGCCGUCAGAGAAGGAAAGCAAGCUCCCUGCCAACCCCAGCCAGCCCAUAUCCAUGACUGACAGCUGGUCCCUGGAAGUCAUGUCCCAGGUCCAGGUGUUGCUGUACUUCCUGCAGCUGGAGGCCAUCCCUGCCCCAGACAGCAAGAGACAGAGUAUCCUGUUCUCCACUGAAGUCUAAAGGCCCAGUUCCAUCUCUGAGAGGCCGGCAGAACGGCCUGGAAACCUCCUGGCAAAUCGGGCUAUCCACAGAGCGAGAACCGGAUCUUCUUGAGGAGUAAUUGGGCCGCCUUGCCCCCAAGGGCUGGACCACCUGCCUAGAGACAGCUACCCAAGGCAAAAGGCUAAGUGGCCUGGGCAGUUAUGGGCCUCAGGGCCCUUUGGGUCUGUGAGCUCCCGCCGGGCCUCAGAUUGCGGUUGUCCAUGCUGCCACCAGAGGGCGCCCCACGCCAGCAUGCCUCGGCGCGCAGGCCUGGCCGUGGGACCAGGCGAAGGGAGUGGUUUCUACGAACUUAACUUACCAGAGUUUAAAAGAUUUCUACUGGAUCACUUGUCAAGAUGCACCCUCUCCAGGGAGAAGGGAACAUGACCAGAUUCCCUCACUAUGGUGUCUUGAAUAAACACUGAUGCUGCUUCAUACCGUGGGGGCCACAGCCCUGUCCCUGUGUGGGUGGGGGCUUUUCAGUUUCCCUGACUUAGAAAUUCGACUCUUUGUUUAACAGGGUUUGAAAAGCUAAGUCAACACUGUGUAGCGUUUGACCCCUUUUGCCUCCUUCCUUUUCUUUCUUUCUAGAAGGAGCUCUGUCCAGAUAUGGGUCUUCCUAUUCUGUCCUGUUGCUUUGUUUUUGCUAUUCAUGUCCCCUUGGAAGGCAGCUCCCCAUGGAGCCAUGUAACGUCUGUCUGUCCGUCUGUCCGUCUGUCCAGGACCGACAUCAGGGGGAGGGAGGUCCAGGCUGUGCACUUUAUGGCUUCUUCUCCAGGAAUAGUGACCCUGUCCACUGCCUGCUGGGCACAGGCUCUCCUCUUCAGCUUCAAAAGGCCUCAGUCUCUCUGGCUUUCUCCAGCCCGUCACCCCCUCUGCCCAUACCCUCCCUUCCCCUGAUCGUCCCCCUCACCACACAGAUCACUUCAUUCUCUCGCUCUCUGCUGAACAAACUCAGUACUAACUUUUGUAAAGUUUCCUCUUGGCAGCAACAGCUUGCUGACAGCUUGUUUUAAACUUUGAUCCGAAUAGCCUUUUGAUACUUGAAUAUUUUUAAGUUUUCUACACAUAGUUUCAAAUUUUUUUCCUAACAGAUUCAGAUACCUAAUAUGAUAUUAGAAUGUACUCCAUAGACAGUCCGUGUCCCAGCGACAUUUUGUCUUCCUCCACACUCCGGCUCUUUUUCUCAGGAGCCCAUUCUAAAGUCUCCUGAGCGUCAGGAAUGGGGGAAUGUUAGGAGCAGGGGGGAGCUGUUCUGCCAGCCAGGCUCAGGACGCUGGGCUCCUAUCCCAGAGCAGGCGGAAGGACAGACACACACACACACACACACACACACACACCCCGCCCCUGGCCCCUGCUGCCCGCCUCUCCUGCUCUCCAAAUACCAGUACAGAAGCCAGGACAUUCCCAGUAACCCUCCUGACCACCCAGCCUAGAAAAAAGAGAAUGAGGGAGGCCACUAAGUUUUGAAGAAACAAAUCUAUGAAU